CAUCGUUUCGUUCAGGGGUCGUAUUGGAAAGAUGUGGUUUAAGCUAGCGUUUCUACUAGUAGCCGCCAUUGCGUGCGGUGGAUCGGCCGAACAGGCCCGAUUCGACAACUACCGUGUGUACGAGGUGUCGAUCGAAACAGAAUUUCAGCUGCGCACCCUCCAACAGCUGGAACUGAACCCCGAUGGCUACAACUUCUGGGAAUCGCCGGUGCAAACCAACAUGCGCCUGAGCAUUGUGGUCCCACCGCACAAGUUUGCCCACUUCGAGGAGCUGACGGCAGCACUUUCCCUGAAGAGGCGCCUGCAGAUCGAAGACUUCCAGAAAGUGAUCGAUGCUGAGCGUCCGAUGCGCCAUAAUCGUGCUACAUUCGGCUGGACCGAUUAUUACACCGUGGAUGAAAUCUACGCCUGGAUGGAUUCGGUUGUCGCUUCGAACCCAGCCAUUCUUACCGGCUCGGUUUACGGUACAUCGUUCGAGGGACGCGAUUUGAAGGCGAUCAAGCUGUCGCACAAGGCGGGCAAUCCGGGCAUCUUCAUCGAGGCUAACAUUCAUGCUCGCGAGUGGAUCUCGUCCGCUACUGCCACGUGGCUGUUGAACGAGCUGCUCACCUCCAGCAACCCAGCUGUUCAGGAUUUGGCCCAGAAUUACGAUUGGUACUUCAUUAUGGUUGCGAAUCCGGAUGGUUUGACGUACACCAAGACCACUAACCGCCAAUGGCGCAAGACCCGUCAACCAGUCAAUGCUCUCUGUGUUGGUACUGAUCCUAACCGCAACUUUGACUACAUGUGGAUGAAUGGUGGUGCUUCGUCCGUACCUUGUUCGGACACGUUUGCUGGAUUGACGGCCUUCUCCGAGCCAGAAACGCGAGCCAUGGCCGACUACUAUGCCACUAUUGCGAACAAUAUCAACAUCCAGUUCUCGUUCCAUUCCUACGGCCAGUACCUGCUGACACCGUUCGGAUACAGUGGUGCUCCACUGCCAUCCAACGAUGCCGAUUUGCAACGUAUUGCCGCUGCUACUGCUGCAGCCAUCCAGGCUACUUACGGCACGCGCUACACUUACGGCAACAGUGCCAGCGUUUUGUACACUACCUCCGGAAGCACGGUAGACUACUUCGUUGGAGUGCACGGCACGCGACUUGGAUACACCUUCGAGUUCCGUGAUACCGGUGCGACCGGAUUCGUCCUCCCUGCCGAUCAGAUCAUUCCGAACGCACAGGAAACGCUCAACGGUAUCAUCGCUUUCGUUGCCGAAGCUAAGGUCCUUGGGUACGUCUAAAUCCCGGCUCUUGUAUCGUCUGUCCAAUAAAGCA